UCAUAUGACAAGAAGUAAAAAAAAAAAACACGGAAGUGCUUUGUUUUGUUUUAUAGUCAGCUGUCAGAUGAAACAUUAAGCUGCAGAUUUAACAUCAAAUAUUUAUAUAAAUCAAAUGCAAAGAAGCUGAAGUCGACAAACAACCGUCGUUGUUUUUCAGUAGUUGUGAUCUUCAUCAUGGGGGAGCCCACAGCAUCUGGUGUGUUCUGCAGCAGGAUGCUGAGCAUGGUCAACUCUGAGGAUGUUAAUGCCAUCAUCCAGGCUCAGAGACACAUGCUCGACCGCUUUGAGAAAACCAACGAAAUGCUGAUCAACUUCAACGGGCUGUCUAACGUGCGACUGCAGCAAAUGAACGAGCGCUUCUUGCUCCACACCCGCACCCUUGUGGAGAUGAAGAAAGAUCUGGACAGCAUCUUCAGGAGAAUUAGGACACUUAAAGGGAAGGUUUCAAAACAGUACCCAAACGCCUUUAGCAAUGUCCACGAGUCACCUAUCCUCGAGGACGACGACGAUGACUUUGACCCAGUUCCUCCCAGUGUUGCCACAACAAUCACAACAGCCAACUCCGAGCAGAGCACAGAGUCAUGUGACACAAGUCCAGAUGUGAUCUCACCAACUGUGAGCAGAUGCUCUGAAGAUCUCUCUCAAGAGCCGCCUGACACGCCCACUUCUGACGUCCUAGAGACAGCUGUCCUACAGGACGAAGGGCCUGACUCGGUACCUGCAGAAUAGAGUGGACAGUUUGUCAAUGAUUUCACUCACUUGAAACCAAGCUUUAACCUUAAAACUAUUUUAGCAGGAGGUCAUAUUGUAUAUUUGAGCUUGUGUCAAUCUCUUUACGAUAUUUGCUAACGUUUCCAUUUGUUUUGAUGCUUGAUGUUAGAGGAGGCUAUGAACUGUAUCUGAGGCUGCUGGGAAUAUGUUUGCUUCUCCUACAUCUGCACAGCACUAAAACCAGGCAGAUAAUGUUUGAAGCUACAUAGUAUCUCACUAGGAUUAUAUAUCUGUCUUACUGACUGCAAACCUGAGCAAAAACUCCUGUUACUCUAACACUCCUGACUGAGGGAAGUAUCACAUAAUGUCUCUCAUGAUAUCACUUAAAAGACAAAUUGUAGUAAGGGUGUGUGAUUAGCUGAUGUUAAUAUUUUAUACACCCCUCUUAAAUCUAGGGGUAUUAAUAAUUUCAGCACAGUUUUUACCUGAUACGUCUCACUCUUGGUGGAUUGCCAACAACUUGUGUCUGUGCUUCCCUCCUUUGUUGCAGGAGGCUAGAAUUUAGGUUAAUUGUCAGUUACCUGUGUCUCUGGAGCUGUCAGGAACUAUUUAAGGACUGUGUAAAUGUGGUUUUCGAUCUGGAAACCAGAUUAUGAGAGUAAAUAAUCCAACCACUCAGUCAUGUUACUGCUCAUUAAAGAUGUGGAUUUGGUUGUCAAAAAUCAUGUCAAAAAUAGUCUUCAUUUGUUAUUUCUGUUAUAUUUCAGCAGUGUGUUGUUGAAACUGUUCCAUAUGAAGAGAGUAAUUAAGCAACACUCUUGUUGUGGACAUAUAUGAGCACCACAGCUGUCAGUACUGUCAGUAUUAAUUAACAAAGCUACAUUUAAUAGCGUCCACGUAAUGUGACUGAAUGUGCCUAAUGCUAAAUGUAAUUCUAUACUAGGCAAACAGGCUGUUUUGAUUAUUAAUAUUGAAAACAAACAAACAAUCAAUGUGACUCCAGUAGCACCAUGUUUGAAGUUUUUAAGUAAGUUUCUCUUUAUUCAUGUGCUCUUGCGGGUUUUCCUUAUUUUUUUCCUCUGUAAAAAACGUAGUUUUUCUUCUUGUAUAUGAUGUGAUGUAAUUGUGUUGCUAUUGUAUUUUUUGGCAGUUCAGAAUAAAGUUUAUUUUAAAAAGUAA